AUGAACACAACAGCUUUUGCAUUAACCACCUACAAUAGCAGUCAUCAGGCCGUACACACCUCCUCGGCGUGCGAAUUUACAACAUUCGAAUUUAAGUGCUUCCGUGCAACGGUUUAUACGUACAUGUUAGCCAUCUCUCUAACGGAUGCGAUCGCUCUCUUAGUGAAUCUGCCAACAGGUCUUGGAAGAUGCGCUGGUCACUUGGAGUCCUGCACCCAUCCCACAUUUAAGCGAUUUCGAUUUCACAUAUCAUACUUCACAGCCUACAUAAGAUUUGGCGUGGCAAACACAGCUGAAGCAGCCUCCGCGUGGUUAACGGUGCUGAUUUCAGUGGAGCGCUACAUGGCAAUGAAGUUUCCAAUGCUGGCGCUCACCUAUUGUCGGCAGGGCUCAGGAAAAAUGCACGUUUUUAUUAUUAUUCUCAUAGCCGUGGCUUUCAAUUUUCCACUCUUUUUCAUACUUCGAAUUUCACCCAAAAAUGUAACCUCGGAGAAAGGCGGGACCCGAACUGUUCUUGGCUCCCAAUUGACAGCCUUUGGGGAAUCAACAGAUUACGAUGUCUACACGUGGUUCCGUUUCGUCCUAGUCCAAAUUAUUCCCCUCAUUGCACUGUGUAUAUUCAGUACCCUUCUUAUCAAUGUGGUGAGUGAGAGCUAUCGCAAACCGCGUCGGAAUGAGGUGGCUGGCGCGGUAACGGGGCACAAGAAAACGCAGGAACUGAUGGAGAUCACCAGUGCGCGGAAAACUGGCAACUGUUUAAAGCAUCAGCGAGGCACAAAACCAAUUCAACUGGACCGGAGGCAGCGGGCUCAAACAAAACUGACUAUUAUGCAGAUUUGCGUCAUCUUUCUCUUCCUUAUUGGUCAAAUUCCGCAGGCCUUCUCGUUUGAGAAGAUCUCCAAUGCGAUAAUGCCACCGUGGUGUGGACGCUGCUGUAAACUAAAAAUCUACUAUCGCAUGUGCAGCAUGAUCCUCAGUCAGAUAAGCUACUCUCUCUCCUUCUUUAUUUACCUCAGCCUUAACAGGUACUUUCGAAAGACUCUCCUAACCUGCUGCAGGAACAAACCAGUGGAACAAUAUACCCGUGCAUCACGUGUGGCCUAG